UAUUGUGCUUGCAGUAUCAUCACCAGCAAUGAAUACAUCAACAAUAUCGCCAGUUGAGAGAUUGGAACUUCUAAAAGCGAAACGACAACAGUCGAAACAACUAAAUCGAGACGCGUUGAUAGCAGAUCGUCAGAAUCAACGAGCCGCAUCAGUCGCUGCUAAAAAGGAAGAAGAGCGUAGACUCAAAGAAGCCGAGGGGGAUUUUCGUGAUAAAGUGGAGGAUGUCAUCGAUCAACGAACGAAGAAUUUGAGUUACACACUUGAGGAAUGCGAGAAGUGGGACAAAACACAGAAGAAAAAGAACGAAGAUGGGACCAAGAAUAUGGAUGCCUUGGCUGCUAGCACGUAUAAGAAAGAAAUUAAAGGAUUAAAGGUGGAUAUAGAAGAGUACAAGAAGCAGAAAGAAGAGAGGAAUGUGAAGGGUGCGAUUGAUUUCAAACCUAGUGAAACAACAAAGAAGGAAUUGGUUGAUAGGUUGAAGGAAGCCAACGAACGUAAAAUGAAGAAAAGAAGGCGAGACAAUGAUGAGGAUGAAGGUGGAUUCAUCAAUGAGAAGAAUCGCCAAUUCAAUAUGAAGUUGAACCGACAGUACAAUUAAUUGCAUCCCCACGUCAAACCAGUCUAGCUCACUCUUGUUUAUACUAAAUUUCGACAAGAACCUGUAGCAGUACCAUAUACGUAGAGCUUUAUAGAGCCAAUGUACUCCGU